AUGAAUGGACCACCGAGGCGUCACUCACGGUGUCCCGAUGACACAGACAAUUUGUUCCUACGGAGACGUGUGUGCGUGGAAACUCCUUCUUUCAUGGAUGGUGUGAACUCUGUGGAGCGACGGGGCGGACUUUCAGAAGCGGAGUGGAGGCAGUUGUACGAACGCGUGAUGCCAAAUGCAUGCACUAUGAGUGAUUUUCAACGUUUGGUUCUUGAGGGAAAGUCACAUGACCAUUUCUUUGCAAAGGACCUGCAUAAAUUAGUGAUGGAGGUUCGAGUGAUCCUUGCAACCCACGGUAAGCUGAGGAUGGCGGCUAACUUGGCCGUGAAGGGGCGUAAAACAGUGCUCGCCCAUGGGGUCGCGACUGCAUUGAAAUUGUUAGAGUCUGAGCGGAGCCACCUUUUUUCUGAGGAUAUUUGUGGAAAAGAGGUGAAUGGGUGUGGCGGGUCAUCGUGUAACAUCUCCUCUAGGGCACCCGAACGAACAGCUGUGGAGCCGGUGAACUCAGCAACAGUUUUACAUCCUUCGACAAGCAGCACUGACCUUUUGCGGACGCAUCAGCCGUCUAGGUGCAACACCAGGACUUUGGACCAGCCCCCACUUCGGGCGGGAGUGGGCGAGGUUUGUGCAGAACCAUCUGUCUCGGAGCAUGGGACAGAUGAAGAGGUUGUAUUGAUGAACAAUUCAAGUUCUCCUUUUACUCGAGUGCUGAGCGUAGUGAAGCGGUUUCAAUUACGUUUCGGUAGCAUUCCAUUGAGGUUUGAGGUUCCCAUAGAGUUUUUGGACGCCGUUGUAUCUCGACGUCUUCGGGUACAGCUGACUCCGUUUCGUCACCCGGCGGUUCCUGCGCGAUGGCCGACGGCAAAAGACAUUGUCGUUUAUGUGAAUGAUCAGUGCGUUAUGACACCGUGGAAACGUUCAUGGCCUGAACGUCGCAUGGAGGUGGCGAAGACAUUUCUUGUGUUAGACAUCACUCAGUUUCUCAAUCGAGGUAGUGCCUUCCAAAGGCUACAGAUCAACGUUUUUUCAAGGGAAUAUUUUAGCCAAGUCGCAUUGAUGGUUGUCCAGCCAGUGACCCCUGAAGAGGUAAUGAAUGCCUUAGUAAGACCUUUGUGUAGUCCACAGGAGGAGACACGUGAUGCGGCAAUUUUUGAUCUUUACAGAAAAGUAGUGGAGGACGAGGAUGAGGAUGCAAUUUUGGGCGAGGUCGAGGUGGACGAUCCUGUGAUUACGAGUAAAUGCCCUAUUUUGCAAACGCGCAUUAAUAUUCCUGUUCGUGGCUCACGCUGCCAACACCUCCAAUGCUUCGAUUGUCUCUCAUUUUUGCUUAGUUGCAACAAGGGCUGUUAUUGGAAUUGCCCCUUGUGUGACGCGGAGCUUCGUCCAUGCGAUGUGGUGGUGGACACCAUUCUCUGGCGGUAUCUCCAAGAGAUGGGUGAUGGAUGCCCGCUUCACUUGAGGCUAAAGAGCAAGCGCAGCAUGGAGAAUGAAAGGAUACAAAAGGGAGACGAUGCGGUGGAAGGCGUGAUGGCGGCACCUUUUCGUUGGGUGCCGCAUCGAAUGGCGAGUGAUGGGCAUGGUGUCAUUUUGGACGAUCAUGAGAAUGAUGACUGUGACAGCAGCGACGGGGGUGCGAUGGUUCCCAAACGCCAAGUCUCUGGCUGCUUUCGCACAGGAGUCAACGGUGGCCGUGCCUUUGAGAAGGGGGGCGAGAUGUAUGGAGGAAAAGGGCUGGAAGAGACGAAUGCAGACCUUGACAAACAUUUGGGAACUGCCGAGUUUCCGAUCGAGCUGUGA